CUCGCCGCCGCCUUCGUUGCCCUUGGAGCUGCCACUCCCGCUCCUAAAGGCUGUACUCCGGGAACCUACUCAUGCACACCCGACACCAAGGGCUGGCAGGUCUGUAACGUUGACCGCUCCUGGGUGUUCGCCGGCGUUUGCCCUCCCAAGACUGGCUGCCUUUUCAACAAGCAGAAUGGCUCGCCAUACUGCGUACCCCCAGGUUUCCACUUUUAA